AUGGGCGUUGAGCUGGAGAAGGAACGAAACCGAGGCAUUGGGAAACCACUGCUAGGAGGGCCCUUCUCACUCGUCAACCAUGAGGGACAGCCCAAGACCAGCAAGGACUACAUCGGCCAGUGGGUGCUGAUCUACUUUGGCUUCACACACUGCCCUGACAUCUGUCCUGAUGAACUGGAGAAAAUGAUUGAAGUGGUAGAUGAAAUUGAUAGAAUUCCAUCUUUGCCUAAUCUGACCCCACUCUUCAUCACCAUUGAUCCUGAGAGGGACAACGAAGAAGCCAUUGCCAGAUAUGUUAAAGAAUUUUCUCCGAAACUGAUUGGAUUGACUGGUACCAAGGCACAGAUUAACCAAGUGGCCAAAGCUUACCGUGUGUAUUACAGCGAAGGUCCCAAAGAUGAAGACAAUGAUUACAUAGUGGAUCACACAAUAAUAAUGUACCUCCUCGGGCCAGAUGGUGACUUCGUGGACUACUAUGGCCAGAAUAAGAGGAGCACUGAGAUUUCUUCUUCUAUUGCUGCACACAUGAGAAAAUACAGAUCCUAAAACACAAGGUCUUCAGAGAUUGGUGUGAACAUCACCUGUAAUUGGGCAUUGGAGUUAAAGCAGAAGCAUACAAGUGUAACAUCCUGUCACCACGUGCCUCCUUUCUCCCAAAUAAGAGAGGCAACCAUACUUCUGCAAAACACCAUUAUAUCUAUAGUGCCUUCCCCAUGGAUAUUAUUUGCAGCAAGAUCUAGGCUACAGAAUGAAAUUUGGGACUUC